CACUCACAAACCAUGACCAAGGAUCAAGGUUCGAUCAGUGCUCGUCCACAGCCCCCUACUCGUUCCAGUAGCUACCUCCCGGGUACUUGGCAGCCUCAACUUCUCUCGCUAUGCGUCGUGUGUGUGUCCUCUCAAUCUUCGUCCACAACUCGCUCUCAAAACGCCGAAAAUGCAGCGCAGACCUCAUCCGUCGAGUUUUCUGUCCCUCCACUGGACUCUGAGGCGUCGAUACUAAGCGAACAGCAGCUACUACACUAUGGCCGCGUUUUAGCAUCAUCAAUUGACUUAUCCGUCACCUCAAUAGACGCUGGAUUAUGCUUCGAACUCGAAGACGAAGUCGAUGAUACUUUAAACGACCAGGAGGACGAAGAACUCUUCAGUCGAGAGAUGCAGGCAGCCGACGCCGAUGCUAAAGGUGCCGGUGUGUUCUUCUGUGUGCCAAAGGGUGAAAACAUCAAACAUCAAACUCUAGGAAUCGCUGUUGAAGAUACUAAAACCAGGAACAGCAAAGAACAGCGGCUCUUGAUGCUGCUGACGCCUAUUACGUCGCAGAAGCUAGAGAUUUUCGGAGGGUUACGCGCUCAGUUAAGAGCGGUGGCAGUCAAAGUCUUCGCUGAGGAAAAGGAAGACAAAAACUUCGAGGAGAUUGAGCAGUUCUACAAGACGCUACAAAAGCAGACAGUGAUAGAGAGUGGAUUGCUGCCGAAUGCGGCGAUGGUUCGACGACUUGGAGGCAGUGACGUGGUGGCGACGCUGCAUGCGUUGCUGAUCCAAGGGAGAGUGGUGUGCUACUCGGCUAGCGCAUGUGCGGCGUCAGCAGCGGUGAUGGCUCUCCUGGCGAUGUUACCGUCGCAACUAACACAUUCGCUGCUGCAAGAGAAUAAAGAGGUAUUUACUGUACAACCUUGCUGCGAUUUAAGACAAGGAAGGGAGGUGUUUAAGUGGACUGGAGGAUUCUUGCUGGGAACAAAUAACCCGUUAUUGCUGAAGAGUGAGAGCGCGCAGCUUGAUCUCGUGUUGAAUUUGGAUGCUGGAGAGGUGACGGCACACCCGACAGCCACAAGUGAACGCGCUUUCGCGUUCGGUACGAAGACAUCGGCAUUGGCUGAUGGAUUGACGCGACGAUUUACUGAUCCAGUAGCUCCCAUUCAUUUGCCGAUUGCAGGCCAACGUACUCGCGACAAUGAGUGGGUUUUGGCUCAAUGUCGUUCGUAUUUCGAGGAACUACUAGACGCUGAAGUGGCAGCCAAUCUCCACGCAGAAACUGAGAAUGAAAUUGACGGAGAUACGGAGGAAAGCUCUGCCAUUGGUGACUUGUUUCCAGCUUCGUUCCGUUCGAUGCUUGAGGAAAUAGCGGCUCCGGUACUGGGAAGUUUAGUAUACGCGGAUGAAGAGGAACCUCCCAACCCACGCUCAAGAUUUUGCGCUGAUUAUGGCUGGAGUUGGACACUGUCGUGGCAAACUACAAGCAACUAUACCAAGUGGAUAGACCAAGAGCCGCGUCAGCGGAGACUUACCAGAAAUGAUUCUAGUGGUCGUUCUCGAAUACGAAGACCGCCACCUAAUGAAGGUCGCGCAGUUUAUACCUAUCCGAAUGGUGACGAGUACGAAGGCGACUUUGUCGAAGGUAAACGUGAAGGAUAUGGUGUGUAUAUCGAACGUUCAACAGGAAAUCAGUACGAUGGAGCGUGGCUUAAUGACGAGCGACAUGGUAGAGGAAUGUUGACUUCUAAAGCGAGUGGAGGAUACAUUUACGAUGGCGAAUGGGUGCAUGACAUGCGCUGUGGACAAGGACACAGUACACGACGGGGAGGUGGAGGUGCAGGUGGUGGAGAGAGUUAUACUGGCCUGUGGCGCGCUAAUCGCUUCCACGGUCGAGGUGUGUACGUUAACAGCGAAGGUGACGUGUACGACGGAGAGUGGUGCGAUGGUGUUAGACAUGGAGCUGGUAAAUUAACCGUAGCUAAUCUGACGAAGUCUAGGCCCGGAGAAAUGGCAGAUGUGGUCCAGUAUGUAGGCGAAUGGAUGGAGGGGAAGUUUCAUGGUAUCGGUUCGUGCAAGUACAAGGAUGGAUCAGAGUAUUCCGGCGCCUUUAAUCGAGGAAAGCGUCACGGAAACGGCGUGCUUGUACUGGCAUCAGGAGAUCGAUAUGAAGGCCAAUGGUGGCAGGGCUUACGUCAUGGCCAAGGUGUGUCUUUCUCUAAACCCUCAGGUACGACUCGCGAGGGGGCUUGGAAACGUGGAGUUGAGGUCAGUGAUGGUGAAUGGCUUAUCACAUUCGCCAACGGUGACAAGUAUUCAGGCUCAUGUCGUCGUGGACGACCAUGGGGUAAAGGAACAUGUAAAUUCGCCAAUGGCACAGCAUACACUGGCGAGUGGGUAGACGGCCUUCGAGAAGGUCGAGGGGUUUGUGUUAACCCGGAUGGAGCGAUACUUGAGGGAGAAUGGCAACACAGUGUAUUUGUGAAGUCUGUGCGGUCUCCGUCACGGUUUGUAGAUGUUUCACUGUCACCAAACACACCUCCUUCGUCACCAAAGCGCCCGUCAGCUUAUAAUGAAAGUGAAAGGGAACAUCCGAUGAGUGGAACACAUCGACAUGUUUACCCGAAUGGAGACGAAUACGAAGGAGAAUUUAAAGACGGAUAUCGAGACGGCUUUGGUAUAUUCACUGAACGUGCAACAGGAAGUACUUAUGACGGACAAUGGCAGCGAGAUUUACGUCAUGGUAGCGGAAUAUUGACGUCGGGCUCCAAAGAUUUUAUUUACGAUGGUGUUUGGGAGAAUGACGAACGCUGUGGUUACGGGCACUGCGUGAUUAGUGGUGGACGAGAGACGUAUAGUGGACAGUGGAGAGCGAAUGUCUUUCAUGGUACAGGGAAGUACACAGACGCAGAGGGAAAUAUCUAUGAAGGCGAGUUCGUUCAGGGCAAGAAACAUGGCGUUGGCAAGCUGAUCGCUCCUGUAGACCUACCGUCGGAUUCUACUGUUCAUCACCUGACACAACAGUACUCAGGCGAGUGGCGUGAUGGCUGUCGUGAGGGCUUAGGUGAUGCAGUGUUUUCUGAUGGUUCAAGGUACUCGGGACAGUGGAAAGAUGAUCUUCAGGAAGGCGAGGGAACCUUCACGUCGACUCAGGAUGAUCGCUAUGUGGGCCAAUGGCAUCGUGGAUGUCGCGAAGGACCAGGUGUACUCACGAUCGGAAGCUCGGGAGUUAUCAAGGAAGGUCAGUGGUGUCGCGACGAGCCCAUGGACGGCGAGUGGACCAUCACGUUCCCAGACGGCAGUAAAUUUACUGGCGAAUGUGUGGGAGGUCGACCUCACGGUCGCGGAAUUUGCAAAUACGCUGGAGGUGACCUGUACGAUGGCAUGUGGGUGCAUGGUAAGCGACACGGAACAGGUUCUGGUUUUUUCGCUAAUGGCGAGAGCUUUGUGGGGCAGUGGGAGAACAACCAUGUCGCGUUAAACGGUCAGGGUGAAUUGACGCUAGCGGAUGGAACAGUGCACGUGUACGACAACUGACCGGUCAGUACUAUAGCAUUUCCUGUCUUAAGCAAGGGUAUGCGUCAACUUGAUUGCAGUAGUACUAUCAUAUCCUUGAUGACAAUUCAACGAUGCGAUCGUGAUCACUGUUGUUACAUUCGCAAUGACCCUCGCUCAUUGUGAUCACUGGUCAACAAAACUCGGCUUAUUCAAAAGGGAGAUUUAGGUUGUGGUGGCAGUGAUUCACUGCCAAUGAGAGCGUUUAUCUGGAGGAUGAUUGCACGUGCAUGAGUUUGACGUACUUGGGCAGCACUAAUCAGAAAGAAAGGACGUCCACAAACAGAGAUGCAAAGUUCAUUGGACUGCACACGGUUGGUUGAUAAGAAU